GAUCGCUCCGCGCAGGGCAGAGUCGAGUCCCGGCCGCCCCCGCCGCGCCGUGCUGGGAGCAGGAGAAGCAACAGCAGAGGGGAUCCUUCCGCCCCUGGCUCAGCAGCGGAAACGAGUCCCCCACCCCCUCCUCUCCUCCCCCACCCCCCAAGCCGGCGGCGGCGCUGCUGCAGCAGGAUUGUGGCCAGCUGAGUGGGGCUGGAGGCCAAGCCCCCCCUGCGCCGACGUCCGCCAUGAGUGAGCUGGAGCAACUGAGACAGGAGGCGGAGCAGCUGCGGAACCAGAUCAGGGACGCGAGGAAAGCAUGCGGCGAUUCAACAUUGACCCAGAUCACAGCUGGCCUCGAUCCGGUUGGCCGGAUCCAGAUGCGGACGAGGCGCACACUAAGGGGCCACCUGGCCAAGAUCUAUGCCAUGCACUGGGGGACGGACUCCAGGCUGCUGGUUAGUGCCUCCCAAGAUGGGAAGCUGAUCAUCUGGGACAGCUACACCACCAACAAGGUCCACGCGAUCCCUCUGAGGUCGUCCUGGGUGAUGACCUGUGCCUACGCUCCGUCUGGGAAUUACGUGGCUUGUGGAGGCCUCGACAACAUCUGCUCCAUCUAUAGCCUCAAAACCCGGGAGGGGAACGUUCGGGUGAGCCGGGAGCUCCCAGGACACACGGGCUACCUCUCCUGCUGCCGGUUCCUUAACGACAACCAGAUCAUCACUAGCUCUGGAGACACAACCUGUGCCCUGUGGGACAUAGAAACAGGCCAGCAGACCACCACGUUCACGGGCCACAGUGGCGACGUCAUGUCCCUGUCCCUGUCCCCCGACAUGCGGACCUUCGUCUCGGGUGCCUGCGAUGCCUCCAUCAAGCUGUGGGACAUCCGAGACAGCAUGUGCCGGCAGACGUUCACGGGGCACGAGUCCGACAUCAACGCUGUCUGUUUCUUCCCCAAUGGGAAUGCGUUCACCACGGGCUCGGACGAUGCCACCUGCCGCCUCUUUGACCUGCGGGCCGACCAGGAGCUCAUGAUGUAUUCGCACGACAACAUCAUCUGCGGCAUCACCUCGGUGGCCUUCUCCCGGAGCGGCCGCCUCCUCCUGGCCGGCUACGAUGACUUCAACUGCAACAUCUGGGACUCUAUGAAAGGCGACCGUGCAGGGGUCCUCGCUGGCCACGACAACCGCGUCAGCUGCUUGGGCGUGACAGAGGACGGCAUGGCUGUAGCUACCGGCUCCUGGGACAGCUUCUUGAAAGUCUGGAACUGAUUCCUCCUGGCCCGCUCUGCCGGGUGGGGUGGGGUGGGGGUGAGAGAGGAGUGGGGUGCCCGGGGAGGCGAGCCCUUGGUCUCCUCCUAGCCCAGCCUCUGCCUGGAGGGGGCCGUGGCCUUGACACUCUCUUCUUCUUUCUCCCCCCCCUCUCUCUCACGGGGCCACCCCCCCAAUCUCCCCCUGAAGUUUUCCCCACUCCCAUUUGAAAGCGUGCUGACCAAACCAGUUUUCUCCCUCUAAAGAGGGGGUGAAGGCUGGAUUUUUAGCAGUAAUUCCUGGGGGUGGGGGUGUCUGUUUCCACAAAAGGAGUCGAGGGCAGAAGGGAGGGGCUCCCUUGGCCCUGGGGCUGCUGGCAGGGUGGGUGAUCAGUCAAGUCCCGGCCCUUUCCCUCUCCUCGCUCCAUCCCGGUGUCUACACGGCCCCUAAGAAGAGCAACAAAAAGCACGCUUGGCGGGUGGUGUCCAGAGUUCUGCACUCGCUUGAUUUAGAGUAACUUCCGUGACUGUGCAGGGGGGUGGCCAAGUCUGCCCCCUGCUGGUGGGAGGGGACAAGAGCAUCUGCCCCUGCCCUGCCCUGCCCCCCCCCUGCUUUAGGAGAGGCCCCAAGGUGGGUGCAAGCCUUCUGUGUGACAAGCCUCCUCUGUCUCCCCUCCCUGCCACUCCACCAGCCGGUGGUGCUUUGGAGGAGCUGGGCCUGCAGCCGAGGGACCAGGCCCCCCCCGCUCCAAUCCGUGGUUGGCUUUGUCAAGGCUCGGGGAGGUUGGUGCUGGACCCCCCUGCUGUGGCAGGCCUGCGUGUAACCUGUAAACAACAGAAACCAA